AGCUCGCCCGUGGCUUCAUUCAAACUUCGAGCCCGGGCGGCAGCGGCGGUGGCGGCGGCGCCUCAGGGGGGAGAGAGGCCGAGGCGACGUUUCAAGUGAGGGACGGAAGGAAGGAAGGCAAAAGUUCAACAACAACACAAGUUCGCCAUGGUUUGAAACAUCCUCCGUCGGCUGUGAAACAAAGAGACAAACAGAGUCAUGGAUAAAACGUCGUACACCGCGGGCCCCUACAGAGCAACUAAACUCUGGAACGAGGUGACGUCCCAGUUCCGCGCGUCGGUGCCGCUACGGAGGCACCGCGCGGGGCUGCGCUCACACGCGCGCUGCUUCACGGCGGCGGAGGCGUGCGACAGCCUCCUCUCCGUGCUGCGCGCGCACGCCGCCUUCGGGCACCGCGUCGGGCGCCCGCAGGCUGCCGCGCUGCUGCGCAAGCUGCUCAAGAACCACGUCAUCGAGGACGUGAAGGGGCGCUGGGGCUCCGAGGACGUCCACGCCGACGACGGGCGGCUCUACCGGUUCCCGCCCGAGUCACCGCUCAAGGCGGUGACCGGCUGCCGGCGCUCGCCCCGCGGUCACCGCCCGCGGGGUUCUCUGGACGGCGCUCGGCAGGAGAAGCGGCGUGACGAGGAGGAUGGUCGGCACGACGACGACGAGGAGGACGAGGAGGAGGAGGAGGGUCUGUCUCCGCGCCGGCGGCCCCGUCUCGCAUCCGCCCCCUGCCAGAGCUCCGGCGGCUCGGGCCGGCGCAGGAUCACGCGGGCCGUGGGAAUCACCGGACCUCCGCCCCGGUUCCUGCUGCAGUCGGCGGACUGGCGGAAGCGGCACAGCGUCGCCGUCGCCGACGGCGUCGCGGGCCUCGAGUCGGCCGAGGUGGCGGCGGGGACGGCCGCCGCCUUCGCCCCCGGCUCUCGCCACAGCGUCGCCGCCCCCGCGCGGGAGGCCGAGCUGCUGCGGCGCAGGGGGGCCGAGCGGAGGGGCGGCGCGGCGGGGGCGGGGGCGGCGUGGCCGGCGACGGCGCCGGCGGCGGUCUGCGCCGAGGAGGAGCACAAGCGGGACGCGCUGGAGCGGCUGCGGGCGCUGCUGGCGCUGCGCUCCCUCGAGGGGCUGCUGGACCCGACGCUGGUGCACGGGCGCCACCUCGUGCACAACCUGCGUAGCGUGAACCGGCACGGGGUCGUGGUGCUCGCCGACGGCUCCGAAGACCUUCCAAGCUGGGUGCUCUCUGCCAUGAAGUGCCUGGCCACGUGGCCGGACGGCGAUGCCCCGGGCCCGUCGUACCCGGGCUUCGAGCGCGACGUCUUCCGCACGGUGGCCGACUACUUCCUCGCCCUGCCCGAGCCGCUGCUCGCGUUCCCCCUGUACGGCGUCGUCGCCUACGCCCUCUCGCUGACCUCCGCCUCCCCUUCUUCCUCCUCGUCGCUGUCCUCGUCGUCGUCGCUGUCCUCGUCGUCGUCGUCGUCGUCGUCGUCGUCGAUUCAAGCAUCGUGUUCACAACCUUGGUCCGCGUCGAGGCAGACGCUGCCGGCGCCCCCGACGGCAGCGCCGCCGCAGUCUCAUCCUUCGUCGUCUUCGUCCGAGCCUCCGAUCGCGACGACGACGGCGUCACGGCGGCCGCCGCCGCCGCCGUCGGCUUUCUCGAGGGCGGCGGCGACGGCAUCGUCGUCGCGCCCGGCAAAUCCGCCGGCGCCCUCGUCGGCGGCGAACCCUCGGGCGCCGAAGCCUCCUUGGUCGUCGUCGCAGCCCCCGUCGUCGAGAAGUUGCUCGGCGUCGGCGUCGGCGGCGGCCACGGCUCCUCCUCCGUCGCCGCCGCAGCCGCCGCAGCGGACGCUCCCCUCGUUCGCGUCCACCGAGAGCCUGAUCCUGGACAUGUCGCGGUGCCUCGCGUCUCCCGGAGACGAAGGCUCGGGCGGCGACCGAAGCGACGCCGACGAGGACGGAGACGGCGAGGACGGAGAUGCGGCGAGCUUCCGGGGCAACGGGCUGUACCGCGUGGCCGGCGCCGCCAACCUCAACUCUUCGCUGGAGACGGAGCCGCAGUUCCAGCGCUCGCGCAGCGUGCGCUACAACGCCGGCAAGGGUGGCGGCGGCGGCGGCGUUGCUGCCGGUGUUGGUGGUAUCAGUGGCAGCAGUGGCGGUAUUGUUGGCGGCGGUGGUUUUGGUGGUGGUGGUGGUGGUGGUAUUAGUUUUGGUGGUGGUGCCGCUGGUAAGCUUGGUGGUGCGAGCCGCGAGCCGUGCUCGCAGGAGAACGCCGAUCCCAACGCGGGGAACGCGGAAGGAGGCGACGGCCGUGGGACCACGGCUCAGGCGGACGUCAACACGCGUGUCGCCCUGGCGCUGCAGCUCUGCUGCGCCCUGCUGCCGCCUUUGUCGCGGCGCCGCCUGCAGCUGCUGGUGCGCGUGGUGGUGCGCGUGGCUCACAAUGGCCAGCUGCCCCCGCUGCAGCCGCCGAUGGACAACCGCAGCCUGAUGCUGGAGAGCCUGUGGCGCUGCGUGCUGCGACCCCGCGACCCCUCGCGUCUCGACGAGGUUCUGUGUCGCCGCGCCCUCGACUUCAUCGCGCGGAACCACGCGCUGGUGCUGCGGCCGCCCGUGCACCUCCUCGCCGGCCCGCAGCCCCGCGCCGCCCCCCCUCGCGGCGCGCACUCACCUCACCGUUUGUCCUCCGCGCGGGGCCUGCAGGAUCCGGGCCGCGAGCCCCAGCUCCGGCCCAGCCACUGGUUCUGCCGUCAGAUCAGCGUGAGCGAGUUCCGCGCUCAGGGGCAGAGCGAGUCGCGGGCCGCGCUCCUCGCGCUGCUCGACGGCCUCCUGGACGACGGGCGAAUGAACCAGCGCGAGAAGCAGCGCAAGAUCAAGCAGUUCCGCAAGGCGUACCCGGACGUCUACAGAAGCCGUUUCCCCGACGCCGCCGGCUGCUCCCCGGCACCACCGCCGAGGGCCCCCCGCCGGCCUCCUCUGCUCGCCCUGAAGGGGGCCCUUCCCAACCCCUUCAACCGCGUGCGCUUCUGAGCCCGACGUCCCCCCCCCCCCCCCGCCACUCUCCCCACCACCACCACCCACCACCGAGCGCCCCGCCAAAGCAGCACGCGGAUACAUGAAGAGCGGGGGCGGUGGUGGUGGUGGUGGCGGCAGUGAGCAGGGACGAGGCGUCCAUGACAAGCAAGCGGAGACAAGAGACUGGCUCCCGCCACGGGGGUGUGGAAUUUGCGCCGCUGGCUCGGGGCUGCCGCCCAACGGGCUGUGGCCGCCGCCGCCGCAGAAGCUUUGGAAUGAAUUUUGUUGCCCCUGCGGGGUUCUUUUGGGGAUGCAGGGAGACAAUGAAAGGGAUUGCAGGCAGCCUGUUGGGGAGUGGAAUGGGGGGCCGGGGGGGAGGGUUUGUGGAGUGCGGCUGGGUCUGUACCCCCCUCCCCCCAACUCCCACAAUUCAAUGCAGUAACUCACAGGAGCGUGCUUCCCUCGUAACUUAAUCCUUCCCUCCCAAGUUACCGUGGUUAUCGGCGCCGCCGUAUCGACUGUUACAUACGCGUUGGGCUCGGUGGUUAGAACUCACCGGACUCGCAAUAGGUCGCCACGUUGGCGAGAUGCUAACUCCCUCGCCCGUUAUGCAGGAGGUCGUGGGUUCGAUCCCGACCCUGACGCUUUUUCCCCUCUCCACAUUUAGAAUCGAGGUGCUUUUAGAGUACUCGCGUGCUAUCAAUUUCCACGCGACGGUGAUGGGCCACUUUUGUUGAGCUAUCAUUUGCGAUGCCCAGGUCGCUUCUGAAAAGGAGCUACGUAGCACUCGUUACAUUGUUUUAAAAAAGAUGGCAGGGGCAGUGCAAAGGUGCCGAGGAAUGUGUAACCGUAGCAGAGGUCACGUCUGGGUCACGAAAGGGCAGGGAGGAGGUACGGGAAGGAGUGAGAGGGGCGAGGGAAGAGGAAGGCAAUGGGCAGUGAAAGGAGAGGUGAGGUGAGCUUUAGCCACCAGAUAAUUUAAUUACAUACGAACCAUAGGCCGGGCGAUGGCGGCGGCGGUGUGGUGCCUUACCUGAUAAAGUUGAAAAUAGUUUUGGUUGUCCAUCCGUGUCUGGGUGAGGGUCUGUUACGGCGAGUCGCACGGUCACGUUGGUCGGUGCAGGUUGCAAGCUGGUAGCGAACGGAUAUUGCUCGCUACCGGUGUCAGCCACCGUGGCCAGGAAUGAAGCUCAGGUACCCACACCCCCUCACCCACCCCCACCGCUACCGGGUUCGUAGCGAUCGCACUGAUGACAGCGCCACAGCUCCGUCCUCGUAGAAUAACAGGAACAAAUGUUCUUAUCCUAACCAGAGAGAGAGUUGGUACGCUAAAAAAGGGAAUUUAAGAUGCAAUUGGUCCCGGAUCGCGUGAUGUGGCAGGGGGGAACGCUUUUAGCGUCAAGGCG